AACAACGGUGCUUCAAUCCAGAAACGCCGAACUUACUCGCUAUAUCAGUUUCGUCAUCUUCGACGAUCACACCGUAGAGCGAGUAAUCGUCUGAGUUCAGACACACGAAAAAUUCGUCCACUACCUCUCGAAGCCUUCCGAUUUUAGGGUUUUCAGAUGGACAGAACCGUCGCUUGACUUCACAACGAUCGUGCACAAAUGUCGACGGCCAGGUCGUCCGCGGACGCUACCGAUACGACGCCGUUGCUUCAUGCAUCGGUUUCCGACCAAAUUCUACGUUCUCGGCGGCUCAUCCGCCGGCCUCCAAGCCUGCGAGGCGCCGCGAGGUUUCUCCGGCGGGCGAGCAGCCGGAGGAUCAUGCGGGAGCCCUCGAUGCGAGUGAGAGAAACGGCCGCUGAACAGCUAGAGGAGCGGCAAAGUGAUUGGGCGUAUUCGAAGCCUAUAGUGAUCCUUGAUAUUGUUUGGAAUCUGGCGUUCGUGGUUGUGGCGAUGACCGUCUUGGUCAUGAGUAGAGAUGAGACGCCGUCGACGCCGUUGAGAUUGUGGAUUAUAGGGUAUGGCUUGCAGUGCGUGUUGCAUAUGGUGUGUGUUUGUGUCGAGUAUAAGAGACGGCGUCGUUUGGCGAGUUCAGGGGCGGUGGAACGCAGCGGAGGAUGGGGCAGUGGCCAUUUGAGUUCGAGUUCGGGAAGUGAUGAAGGGGAUCCUAUUGAUUAUAGGGUGGAAGUAAGGAAUCGCGAUGAAGAUGAAACUAGUGUUGCUAAGCAUCUGGAGUCUGCAAAUACUAUGUUCUCGUUUAUUUGGUGGAUCAUUGGAUUCUACUGGGUAUCUGCUGGUGGCCAAGAUUUGACACGUGACUCACCUCAACUUUACUGGCUCUGUAUCGUAUUUUUGGCAUUUGAUGUGUUCUUUGUUGUUAUCUGUGUUGCUGUGGCCUGUGUCAUUGGUAUUGCUGUUUGCUGUUGUCUUCCAUGUAUAAUAGCAAUCUUAUAUACGGUCGCAGAUCAGGAAGGUGCAACCAAGGAAGAAAUCGAGAGACUUCCAAAAUACAAGUUCCGGAGGAUUGGCGAGUCUGAGAAACUUAAUGGUGAGAUUCAGGAAUCUUUUGGUGGGAUAAUGACGGAGUGCGACACUGACACACCCAUGGAACAUGUUAUUCCCCAGGAGGAUGCUGAAUGUUGUAUCUGCCUCUCUGCCUACGAGGAUGAAACCGAGCUGCGCGAGCUCCCUUGCCGUCACCGCUUCCACUGCACCUGCAUAGACAAGUGGCUAUACAUCAAUGCCACCUGCCCUCUCUGCAAGCUGAACAUACUAAAAAAUGCCAGCCAAAGUGGGUGUGAAGGAGGAUAAUAAAAAACAUAAACUCUUCUCGAGUAGAGAUUGAUUUAGCAUCUAUCUAUGUUGUGUGUGUGGUUUGUGCAUAUUGACUGCUGGCAUCGGAGCUUCGUUCUACACAGAUCCAGUGCAAGUGGCGAUGCUAAGGGUUGACAAAGCUAUCCUCCUAUGAGUGGUUAAUGUAUAUGGGUGUCCCAAGAUUUUGUGGUGUGGAACCGCCAUAGCUCAUGUAGAUGCUGCCGAUUGGAACUCUCUUUCAAUGUCUAAUUUUCUUGAGAGCUAGGAUUAUGACAUGUUAGGUUUCAACACUUCUCUAUAUUUCAAUAAAUGGGGGUCCGGUCACUCUUAUUACUCAUCAGAGAUGAAAGAAUAAAAUACAUAUUUAACAUUUCUCUUCC